AUGGUCGAUUUGAAUUCCAACCCGCCAUCCCAGCUUCCGCGCGCAAGAACAAAUUCCUCCAGCACAUCCUCGUCCUCGUUGUCGCCCGUCAAAUCCCAAUUCAGCGACUCGCUCGCAAACUCCGGCCCCGAGAUCUUUGAUAACCUGCACCGGCACCUCGCGGAUCUAAGCAACCUCUCCUCAAUGUCAGUCAUUCCGCCGCUGUCGCCGCCUGCCGAGGGCGGAGGCGAGGGUAUGCCGGCUGUGCCGCCUACGGCUGCGACGCCGCAGAGCGUGGCGAGAUUGGUGAGAGAAGGGGGGAAGAGGAAGAGUAUGAUGUCGCCGGUGAGUGUGGCGGAUAGCGUGCUUGAUGUUGCGGAGAGCUUGAGUAGGAUGAGUAUCAAUAGCGAUGGGGAUAAGACCCAGAACGCGAUGGCUGCUACGCGGAAGGAUGAGGGGGCCGAACGGGAGAGGCAGGGUGAGGCGAAUGCAGAGUAUCUGGCGAGUGACGCGGUUGAGGAUUAUGUCUCUCCCAGUCCGCGGUCCGGCGAGUCUCAACCCCAGACGGAGGGUGAGGAGGAAUAUGUUGCAGAGGAAGAAGACGAUUUACAGCAGGAAGAAGAUGUACAUAAAGAUACAGCCAACAAGGUGGUACAUAAAGAGCUUGACGAGGAGCAAGAGUACGAUGAUUCUCAGUACGAGCGCCCGGAGGUGGACGACAAGAUACUCAACAGCUCGAUGGCGGUAUCUGAAACCAUGUCGCUGCCGUCAAUGGAGACCUCGUUCGCGGGCUCGCUCGUGCAGAACGAGUCGUCUGUUGUCGCACCAGGAGACUAUGACGACGAAGACGACGGGUUCGAGGACGACGACGACGACGACGAUGGGUACUCGGACGUGGAGUCGCCGACUGUGGUGCGCAAGGCGACGAGUCAGCAGAUGCGCGCGCACGAGGAGUUUCUGUCGUCGCCGCCGGUUUCGCCGCCGCCGGUGUCUGACCAGGAGGCUGAGAAUCAGCAGCGCAGGUUGCAUGAUGUUGCGGAGGAGGAAGUCGAAGAAGAGGAGGAGUAUGACAGUUAUGAUCGCUCGCCGCUAUAUCAAAAGGGGCCACAGCCUACCUCCAAAGCUCCUGCGCAGACGCCCAGGCCCGGUCAAGAGAAUCGGUCGGGGCGCGCGAGGCAGCACAAUCCUGCGCCGACCAAUACCGCUAUCGCGGACCGCGUGAAGAACGUCAAGGUGACUGAUUCCGCCAUCAAGAGCUUUGCACUACGACAAUCCUCUUCGGGCUCGAUGCGGUCCAGCAUUGGGCAUGUGCCAAACACGGUCAGCAAGUUGACGCUGAAAGAGCAGUCUGCGCUGAUUGACAAGCUGCAGAAGGAGACGUUCGGGUUACAGCUCAAGAUCUAUUACAUGACGCAGGAGCUCGACAAGCGGUCUGAAGACGGCGUGCGGGAGAUCAGGAACGAGAACAUCGAGCUCAAGAGCACGGUUGCGCGGAUGAGUCUGGAAGCCAAGAGCAUGCAGCGGCAGAUUUCGGAGCUGGAAAGUAAGCUGAUUGCGGCCGAGCAGCGAAGCUCGCGGACCACGCGCGACCACGCGAUCGACGAGCAGGCGGAGGCGGAGCGGCAGCUGGCGGUCGAGGAGCUGCAGAAUGAUAUGGAGCAGCAUUUGGUCAUGAUUGAGGAGCUGAGAGCGGAUGCGGACAAGAGCCGCGAGCAGUUGAAUGAGAUGAUUAUGAGGGAGCGAGAGUACUUGGAGGAGAUUGAUCGUCUGAAGAAGACUCAGGGGAACAGCGAUAUUCUUGAGGAGCAGAUUAGCACGCUGAAAGGAUUUCUGGAGAAAGAGCAAGAGGCGCAUGCGGCAGCGCAGAAAGAGAUCUUGGAUCUUCGAUCGGAUAUGCUCAAGGUCCGAAGAAGUACCUCCGUGAUGGGCGAUCGUGAGUCUUCUGCUGAGAUCUCGAGGCUUCGGCAGGAAAUCCGGGAUCUUCGUCGCGAACUUGGGACGCAGACGAUGCACGCUGACGCGCAGGCUAUGGAGAAAGAGCGGCUACGUCGGGAGCUCGACGAUUUGCGGCGCCGGUCGAGUUCGUCGCGGCGGUCGCUGGUAUCGAGCGGCGAGCUGGAGGAGAACGGGAUCAUGAUCAGCGAGCUGCGGGACAAAUUAUCCGAAGUGAAGCACAUUGCGCGCGAGCGCAAGAUCCAGGUCGACAUUCUCAACCGCGAGAACGGGGAGCUGCAGGACGCGAUCGAGGCGCAGCAGACGAAUAUCCAGAUGCUGAACCGGAAAGUGGACGAGCUGGCGGAGAAGAUGGACGCGCAGGAAGCCGAGCUCGAUCAGUGCUACCGCGACAUCCAGACGCGGGAGGAGGAGAUCGUGACCUGGCAGGAGGACUACGAGGCGUUGUCGACGGAGGCGGAGUCCGAGCUCACGCGGCUGAACGAUCUGAUUAAGGCCAAGAACGAGGAGAUUUCGCGGUUUGCGAAUGUGGACGACGAGCUGCUGCGGCUGGACGACCUUGUCAAGAGCGGUGAGGAGCAGCUUGCGGAGCGGGAGGAGGCACUGAUGCGGAGCAAGCGGGAGUUAGAAGAAGCGCGCGCGAGCAGUAAGGCGAAGGACGUCGAGUUUGACAAGAUGAACGCGGAGGUGGAAUCCUGUACGCGGCUGCUGAGCGCGCUGCAGCGCGACAACGCGGCGCAGAAGAAAGAGCUGGGCGUGUAUCGCGAGCAAGCGGCGGAGCAGGAGCAGACGAUUGAGAGUCUGCGGGCGCAGAUCGACGAGCUGCAGCAGUCGCUUGAGGCGCGCAAGUCAGCGAGCCACGAGCAGCAGCAGCAGCAGCAGAAGAAACUGCAGAGCAUGAAGAAGCAGCUUGAAGAAACGCGGGCGGCGGAGAAGAAGCUGCGGAAAGAGCUUGCGGACGAGCGCGCGGAGAACGCGGCCGCGCGGGAGACGCUCGAGUCCGUGAAGGCGUUCCAGACUGAGGUCGUGGAGCAGCUCGAGGCGAAGGAUCUCGCGAGCGAGCAGGAGCAGAAGGCGAUUGAGCACGAGCUCGCGCGGCGGGACGCGGAGCACGCUGCGUUGGUUGCCGAGCUGGAGCGGAAGGUGGAGGAUGCGGAGGCGCGCGCGCAGGGAAGCGCGGAGCAGGUGCAGAGGCUGAUGCAGGAGUCUGUUGCGAGUCGGGCGUCGGUGCGGAGUACCGGUAGCGCAGGCAGUUCUGCCGCGAGCAAAUUCGGCGACUCGCUCGGGUCGUCUACGGGCUCGACCGUGCUGGCAAGCCAGGGCAUGACGAGCGACAAGUUCAUGCUGCGGCUGCAGGACUACGAAAAACGACUGAAAGCCGAGCGGGAGGCGCGGAUCCGCGACCGGGACGGGUCGAGGCAGCGGUUGGGCGAGGCGCAGCAUGUGAUUGACGAGUUGCGGGAGCAGUUGUCGCGCGCGCGCGUGCGGUCGCCGACGUCGAUGGGGACGUUUGGGAUGUUGCCUUUAGGCCAGGCGUUUGGCCGGACGUUUGCGGGCGGGGGCGGGGUGAGUGCGGGAGGCGAGAGGGGGGAUGAUAUCGACGAUGAUGUUGAUGGGUGA